AUGAAAGAGACGAUCGGAUCGGGUCGUCGGCCGGCCGCCGUGGGGAUUGUUAGGUUAUCCGGGUCUUCGGCGGUGGAGGUCGCUGGCAGAGUUUUCCGGCCGGCGAGGAGGAGCGGAGGAAAGGAGGGAACUUGGACGCCGAGGAGUCAUUUUGUUGAGUAUGGAGUUGUUUCGGAUCAAGAUGGGAGUUUGAUCGAUGAGGUUUUGGCAAUUCCUAUGUUGGCACCGAGAUCAUACACCAGAGAAGAUGUGGUCGAGUUGCAAUGCCAUGGGAGUGAUGUGUGUCUGCGUCGUGUGUUGAGGGCUUGCUUAGAAGCUGGUGCAAGGCUUGCUGAACCUGGUGAAUUCACUCUUCGAGCAUUUUUAAAUGGACGAUUAGACCUAUCACAAGCUGAAAAUGUUGGAAGACUCGUUUCUGCCAAGUCUGUUGCUGCAGCUGACUCCGCUUUGGCUGGGAUACAGGGUGGGUUUUCUUCUUUAGUGAAGUCACUGAGAAUGCAGUGCAUCGAGCUGCUUGCAGAAAUUGAAGCUCGUUUAGAUUUUGAUGACGAAUUGCCUCCCCUAGAUACCAGCAUGUUAAUAGAUAAGAUAAAUGAUAUGUGGCAUAAUGUGCAGGAGGCACUGGAUACUGCUAACUAUGAUAAACUUCUCCAAUCUGGUCUCCAGAUAGCAAUCAUUGGUAGGCCUAAUGUUGGGAAAUCAAGCCUUCUAAAUGCAUGGAGCAAAAGUGACAGAGCAAUAGUUACUGAAAUUGCUGGGACUACAAGGGAUGUGGUAGAAGCCAAUGUGACUAUUGAUGGCAUACCUGUUACUCUUCUUGAUACAGCUGGUAUCAGAGAAACUGAUGACAUAGUCGAAAAAAUUGGUGUACAGAGAUCAGAAGCGGCUGCAUUGGGAGCUGAUGUUAUUAUAAUGACAAUGAGUGCAUCUGAUGGGUGGACUGAGGAUGAUGAAAGCCUUCUUGAACAUAUUAAGAUGAACAAGAAAUCGGCUAACUCAUCCACACCUAUGAUACUUGUUAUCAAUAAGAUAGAUUGUGCGCCAUCUGCAUCAGUGGAAUUUUGUAUGGAUAACAGCACCUUCAGAGCGCAUGUUAAAACUUGUGCUGUCACCGGAAAAGGCAUCCGAGAACUGGAGAAGGCGGUUCUAGAGGUCAGAGGUCUCGAGCCUGUGUCAGCUGGUGGACGCAGAUGGACUAUAAAUCAGAGACAAUGCGAGCAGCUUCUUCGCACUCAGGAAGCUCUGUCAAGACUAAAAUCAUCAAUAAAUGAGGACUUACCAUUGGAUUUUUGGACAGUAGAUUUGAGGGAAGCAGCAUUGGCCCUUGGAGAGAUCAGUGGGGUUGACAUUUCUGAAGAAGUAUUAUCUAGCAUUUUUGGCAAGUUCUGUAUUGGCAAAUAAUUUUGGUGUAAAGAUAUUAUUUAUGUUGAUCAAACUGUGUAAAAUAUGCAAAAUGGUAACAUUUUGUUAUUCAGCGAAUUAAAUUUUGUGCAUUGGAGGUCGUU